GUUGGCGAACUACGUUCCACUCACUGCCCAGAGCCCGUGGACCCUCGCCUCUAAUGCUUUGUGGAGGGGCAUGGAGUAGAAAUAAAUUGCAGUAAAUAAAUUAGUGGAGAUAAAUCUGCUUUCUCUCAGGCCUGCAGUGCAACUCCCGGCUCCACGGGGGCAGGUGAGCGUUUAACCAAACGCGGGGCUUGACGCCAGUGAGGAGCAGCCCUGACAGUCCUCCGCGACAGCGGCAGCGCUCAGCAACUGCCUCCCGUCCCUUGUACCUUGGAUUAGCAAGACCCCCGAGUCCCGCUUGAGGCCUUGCACACUGCAGCUCUGCCUUUCGGAGAUGUCCUCUCUAGCCCCUGGGAGUCCGCCCCAGCCCGACCCAGCGUCUCCUCGGCAUCUCAGUCAAAUGCCCCGGCUCCGCCCCCUCAAGGCCAGUGUCGCCAUGCUGUGAUAGGCACUGUGGCCCAGGGCACUCCAGCUGGUUUGGGGGCAGCGUCUCUCCUCCUUUAGAAAAGCCCCCCUGCAAAAAGGCACACUCCAUGUUACUGAUGGGAGCGCACAGUGGUGUAAUGCCUACGGUGGGGAAUUUUCUGCUAUCAAAUUACCCAUGCAGUUGCCUCUUCUUGACCCAGCAGUUCUAUUUCUAGGAGUUUAUGUCUGUACGAUGUUACUGAGAGCACCACUGUUUGUAAUGGAAGACUGGAAACGCCCAGUGUCCAUCAACAGGGGUGUGGUUAUAUAAAUGAUGGUACAUCCACAUAAAUGAAAUGCUACGCAGCCAUUUAAAAAAUGAGGACGUUUUCCAGGUACUGGAUACCACACGGUCUCCAGAACGUUGUCAAGUGAAAAAUGAUGUGACAUCGUAGGGCAUCCAUGUUACCUGGGAGGGCGUCACACGGGCACCCGUGUUAUACUUGAAGGAUGACAGGUGAGCCCCCCAGACACGAGGGCCUGAGCAUGGGGAGGUGGGAGAGAGGGUCACUGGGGACAGACCACCUCUGCACGUGGGGCCGGAGGAGACCCUGGCACCCAGAGUAGGCUGGGCCGCUGGGGGCUCAGAAGAGUCUGCUGAUGCCAACUUCCCACCACCUUCCAGCCUGGUCAGGAGCCAGCUCCGCUCUGCGGAAGAGCAGAUGAUCUCGCGAGAGCUCCGGCUCAGCAGAACCGCCUCCAGCAGAGCCGCCCUGCUUGCCUCGUCGGCCGCACCCUACCUGGUCUCUGCCUCGGAGCCCCCAGCCCAGCACCGCGCCCAGCAGAGCCACAGCCAGGUCCUGGAGGAGGCCGCGCUGGACCGGCCAGGCCAGUACCUCCCCACCCUCUCCUCUCCUGGCCCGACACCCGCGUGACCCCUGCGACCCUCCGAACCCCCCUCUCAGCCCCUCCAGUCCUCGGACCAACCCUCUCUCCUCCUCCUAAGCCUCUGUGGCUUGGUUCCCCCCGCGCCCUGGGCUCCGGCCAUGAAGCGCCCCUCAGGGCUGGAGGAGGCCCAGUCGCCGGCCUCAGACAUCCGCGUGUUUGCCAGCAGCUGCUCGAUGCACGGCCUGGGCCACGUCUUCGGCCCGGGGGGCCCGAUGGCGCGCCGGGGGCUGUGGACCACAGCCGUGCUCCUGGCACUGGCCACCCUCCUCUACCAGGUGGCUGGGAGGGUGCGCUACUACGGGGAGUUCCACCACGAGACGGCCCUGGAGGAGCGUGAGAGCCGCCGGCUCACCUUCCCGGCCGUCACCCUGUGCAACAUCAACCCGCUGCGCCGCUCACGCCUCACGCCCAAUGACCUGCACUGGGCCGGGCCCGCACUGCUGGGCCUGGAGCCCACCGAGCACACCGCCUACCUGCGUGCCCUGGGCCGGCCCCCCGCGCCACCCGGCUUCAUGCCCAGCCCCACCUUCGACGUGGCCCGGCUCUACGCCCGGGCCGGGCACGCCCUCGAGGACAUGCUGCUGGCCUGCCGCUACCGAGGCUGGCUGUGCGGGCCCGAGAACUUCACCACGGAAGCUGUCCUCCUCGGGCCCCUCCCUGCUGCUCAGCUGGACUGCAGCAUGCAAGGUCACGCCUCCCAGCCAGGGGCACUCACCCCGGCUGGCUCUGGGCCCAAGGUCUUCACCCGCAUGGGGCAGUGCUACACCUUUAACUCUGGCGCCGAAGGCGCAGAGCUGCUCACCACUCCCAAGGGCGGCAUGGGCAACGGGCUGGAGGUGCUGCUGGACGUGCAGCAGGAUGAGUACCUGCCUGUGUGGAGGGACACGGAGGAGACGCCGUUUGAGGCGGGGAUCCGAGUGCAGAUCCACAGCCAGGAGGAGCCGCCGCUCGUUGACCAGCUGGGCUUCGGGGCGGCCCCUGGCUACCAGACCUUUGUGUCCUGCCAGAAGCAGCAACUGAGCUUCCUGCCGCCGCCCUGGGGUGACUGCAGCUCUGUCUCUCUGGACCCCGACUUUGAGCCGGAACCCUCUGGUCCUCUGGACCCCCCCAGGCCCAGCCUAGGCCCCAGCCCUCCCUAUAGUCUAAUAGGGUGUCGCCUGGCCUGCGAGAGCCGCUAUGUGGCUCGGAAGUGCGGCUGCCGAAUGAUGCAUAUGCCAGGCGGCGCGCCGGUGUGCAGCCCCCAGCAGUACAAGGACUGUGCCCACCCGGCGCUGGACGCCAUGCUGCAGAAGGACGCGUGCACCUGUCCCAACCCGUGCGCUAGCACGCGCUACGCCAAGGAGCUCUCCAUGGUGCGGAUGCCGAGCCGCGCCGCCGCCCGCUACCUGGCCCGGAAGCACAACCGCAGCGAGGCCUACAUCGCGGAGAACGUGCUGAUGCUGGACAUCUUCUUUGAGGCCCUCAACUACGAGACGGUGGAGCAGAAGAAGGCCUACGAAAUGUCGGAGCUGCUCGGUGACAUUGGGGGCCAGAUGGGGCUGUUCAUCGGCGCCAGCCUGCUCACUGUCCUUGAGAUCCUGGACUACCUCUGUGAGGUGUUCCGGGACAGAGUCCUGGGAUACUUCUGGAACCGAAAGCGCUCCCAAAGGCACUCCAGCGCCAACCUGCUUCAGGAAGGGCUGGGCAGCCAACGAACCCCAGUUCCCCACCUCAGCCUGGGCUCCAGGGCCGUGGUCCGUGUCUCCCCAGGCCUCCCACCCCUCCCUGUGCCGUCACCAAGACACUCUCUUCCUCUCAACGCACCUGCUACCUCGUCACCCAGCUCUAGAUGGGGCGUCUGCGUCUUCAGGGCCGCACCCUGACAUCCUGGACAUGGCCAGCCCGCACGUGUCUGUCCACCUUCACCCAAAUAAAGUUCUAGUGCCUCA